AAAGCAUUAAAAACCCGCUUCAGAAUGGAUGAAACUGCGAUGCUGUUCGCGCUGGUUAUCGUGAUGUUGGUCGGGUCGUACCUGGCCGGAAAUAUACCGCUCAUAAUGUCAUUAUCGGAGGAAAAACUAAAGAAUGUAUCAAUAUUUGGUGCUGGUUUGCUUGUCGGUACGGCAUUGACCGUUAUCAUACCGGAAGGAAUUCGAUCUCUGUACGAUGAACGAUCGUUAGAACAAGCAGCGAAAGGCCCUGGAACGUCGUCCGGUCUUCCGGUAGAUGAUCACAAGCACGAGCACAGCAAUGAUGAACAUUCUGCUACAAUAGGAUUGUCCCUGGUGCUUGGUUUUGUGUUCAUGAUGCUUGUGGAUCAAGUUUCCUCCCGUCGUACGGAAGGCUCGAGUGAGCGCAAUCUAACUGCCACGAUCGGACUGGUCGUGCAUGCUGCAGCCGAUGGUGUAGCUCUCGGUGCAGCUGCCACCACGAGCCACUCGGAUGUAGAAAUUAUCGUGUUCCUCGCCAUUAUGCUGCACAAAGCACCGGCAGCAUUCGGGCUGGUAAGUUUCCUCCUGCACGAAGGAGUCGAACGGGACCGGAUCCGGAAGCAUCUGCUCAUCUUUGCCCUAGCCGCACCAGCUCUUACCCUACUGACUUACUUCGGCAUCGGUAGCGAACAGAAGGAAACACUCGAAUCGCUCAAUGCAACCGGCAUUGCUAUGCUGUUUUCGGCCGGUACUUUCCUUUAUGUUGCGACCGUGCACGUCCUGCCAGAGCUAACACAUCGCAGCGAUCACGGCCAUGGUCAUGGCCAUGGACAUCAUCAUGGAAACUAUAGUCUGCUGGAACAGCAACCGCCAAGCUCAUCGGUCGCCGUCAGUGGGAAACCGUCCCCAUCUGCCGGUGGUCCGGGUGGACUGAAAAACUACGAACUGGGGCUACUUAUACUGGGUGCAUUGGCACCACUAUUCCUGACGCUAGGUCACCAUCACUAG